AUGAAAAACUACCUCAAGAAAAGGCAAAUACUCCCAACAAAUAACCGCUCAAAAGCUGUGGUCGUAACCUUUGACAUGGCAUUCAGUCAGCUUGUUUGUUUUGGUAAGUAGAGUUGGGUUGUAAACUUAAUCUCGGUACGAUUAAUUUAGUUUUUAUGGAGUUAGCCCGCUUAGCAUAGGUCGUGGUUAAUCGACAGCUGAUCCUGCCCCCCUCCGCAGUUUUAGGGCUGUUUGAGGACAAAAACAAUGUUUUCUUGUUGUUUCUGCGUCGGUUAGGCCUUUAUUUCUCUCUCUCGUUUUGGGGAUAAGUUUGUGAACGGAUAGAUAUCGUUCUCGUGUAAACAUCCAUAAACACACAGGUUUCCAGUGCGUUUUGAUACAAAACUCUUAAAGGGCUCGUGUCGGUAUAAUUUCAUUAAAAAUCAAUCUUGUAAAAUAGAACUUUGGUAAAAAUGGAUUAACAUUUUUGCGUAGGGUAAAUUAAAAACAAUUAGAUUAAAUAAGCUCUGGAAAGGGCAACGCUGUUACUGUAAUAAGCAUACAAAACUCUUAAAGGGCUCGUGUCGGUAUAAUUUCGUUAAAAAUCAAUCUUGUAAAAUAGAACUUUGGUAAAAAUGGAUUAACAUUUUUGCGUAGGGUAAAUUAAAAACAAUUAGAUUAAAUAAACUCUGGAAAGGACAACGCUGUUACUGUAAUAAGCAAGCUGCACUUAAUUUUCGAUUGAUCAAUCGUCAAGGAUUUUGCUCUGAAACAGACUUAAAUUCCCAAGAGUCAUAUUCUUAAAGCUGAGGAACCAAUUUUACGCCCUUUUUGUGUAACUAGUUUAUAGAUAAUUAAGAUUUAGAUGCUGAUAGCUAAUGAGUUGUGAAUACUGUGAAUAGAGUCGGCUGCUUAUGCAUUCGAUUUCGAAGAAGGUUGUCGAAAGUGCACGCGACAAUCCCGAAAGGUAUAGUGGGUGGUUUUGAGUUCACUGUUCAUCAAAGAAAUUUGAAAGAAUGGCACGAGAGGCCAUGGACGUAUGUUUGCGAGUACUAAAGCAGAGCAACAAAAGUAGGUUCGAGAGCUACAGUCGUCAGGAACAGUGUAUUGAUCAUAUCCCACAUUACCUUGUCGCGUGCACUCAGACGAUAUGUCGGGCAAAAUAUUUCCCAGAGUCAGCUGGCCUUUCUUCUGUAGUGAGCAAAAAAUAUACUUUUGUUAGCUCCCCGCCCUCCCGCACAGGUCAUGUCCUAAUAAAUGAGAUCAAAUGAAAUCACACUAAUCCAAUGAACCAUAUGUUUCUGUUGUUCAGUAGAGUCAAACAGCUCCAAGGUUAGAAAGCCGCACCCUUCGCAACGACUUUUAACUCAACGAUACAUUUAGAAUGAUUAUUUUUCUUUGUUGUUUUACUCGUCAUACCUCUGAGCCAGAGAGUAAUCAGUAGUUUUCAGCUUUCAGUGGGCUGGUAACUUGGUAAACUUUGAGUGUGCCCACUUCACUGAAAUAUCGUUUCAUUCACUUUAGUUCUUUUUGAUCUCCGAUAUUUUAUGUAUCAUAUAGUGUUUGGGUUGGCGUUUGCAGAACGCACAGCAAAGGCAUACAAAUCAGGCCUAAAAUAAGGUAGUGUCGUAUAAUGUUUGUUCAGUUUAACGACUUUCCUGAGUUAUCCUCACUCCAAGUUUACGAGGCCUGGCAUCACAAAAAGAGACUGUCUUAAAACCAGCUUGAAUACUUCUUUUAUCUCUUGAUAACUCACAAAACAGUUGGCAUUCCCCAAGGCCAAAGGUGUUUAGAGUUAUCCGAGCAUCGGACAAUGUAAUACAAGAAUCCUUUAAACGCGAUGUCGAUUAGGUUUGGUGAACAAGCCGCAACUAUAGUGUUGUUAUCAUUUCUCCAGACAUUAUGUCUAAAUCUUUUUUGUUAUCUUGACCUACGGAUGUAGAGAGGUACACCGCAUAGUCAUAGAGCUUUCACAGUAGGUUCCCUUUGUGGAGGAUGUAAUCAAGAAUGACUCAGCGACUGAUAUAUAAGUAAAUUCAGUUUUCAGUCUUAAAAGUGAUGAAAAAUAAGCUUGGGUUUUUUAACGCUGUUUUAAGCUGUUUAAGUGUAUUUUAUCGGAAUAUUAUGAUCUUAAUCACAUUAAUGUUGCACUGGUAAAGUACACGCAAGGCCACUUUCUUCUCGCUAAGGCCCAGUUCUCACUACACCCCAAACCACGCCAAUAUUUUUUAAACGAUGUACAGCCCAGUGGGUGACGGUUUGGCAACGUCAAUUUGGAUUUUGAGAUAUCAUUCAGUUAUAGGAGGCCCUAUUUUUCUGUUUAGUGCAGUCAGUAAUAAACUCGAGAGACUUUCCUAAGGCACAAGGUUUUUAAAAUGUGGCCUCGAUAAAGCUAAUUAAAGUCAUUGUCGGUGUUGGCCAUAGUGGUUGAGUGUAGGAUAUACUGGGGUCUUUAAAUAGGGUAUGUGGUGUCUUAAAACAAACCUGAAAACACAUGUGAAAACAGAAGUGCGGUGUAACUAUACGGUAUGAGCCUUUCUUAGUUAAGAGUAUAUUGGGGAAAAUUUUGGGCAAUUUUGGGUAUGUUAACUAUAUUAUUUUCGAUUAAGUGAUAUAAUACUACUCCAUGGCCACAACAUGCUAAAGAAAGGUACUCUCGGUAUACAUGUAGCCCACGUAAAAUCGGAUCAACAAAGAAGAAUUUUAAAAGCAUACCUUAACCGUCUGAAUAACAGUAACACAAGUUACGAAGAUGUCUUCAAAAUAUGGGAACGUUGUCUUGUUUGCAGACGGUUACGAUAGUACAUAAUGUCUGAUUUACUGGCGAUGUACACGAUUUAAUUCAAUAUUGUUGUAAGGAAGCAGCGCAAACACAAGUUUCCGGUGUAAUUUUUCUAAUUCGAUUACCGCUCAGUGUAUAUAUAAACAGAAAUUCCACUCAGUUGUCCAGGGUGAUCCUUAUUUAUUCAAGGACGUCCUACUAAGAUGUAAGUCAGUGAAGCCGAAUGCGCGGCUCUAACUUUCAGUAUAGUGAAUUGUAAGUCCUUUAGUUUGUGCCCUGUUAACUCUUUCACUUUAAUGUAUAAGUACCCUAAGGUAAAACUAUUUAGAAAGAUUCCAAGUUUCAAUUGGAAGAUUAUAAUGAAGAACAAGUAGCAACAGUUUUCCUGAAGGAGUCUCAUUUGAGUGAUCUCAAUGUAGCCCGUCCAAAGAUUCCUCCUGCAGUUUUUUUCUUUCUUUUUACGAUUUACUUAGCUGACCCUAGAUAAGUCAGGAAAUAUGCAGGCCUUUGUAUUGUCUAGAGAUUUAUUUUUCGUAACCUUGUUUGUGUACACCACCGUCCUACUGUGUGGCAGAGAUAAGGUUCUUAUCAACUGAAUCUUCUCCGUCCAUCAAAACGCGAAAAACGAACUUGGCCAGUAUCCAGGUAUCUUGACCUCACGCAUGGAAAAUCGCGUGAUGUUUUAGAACGUUAAGGAAUAAUAAGCCACACGAUCACGAUCUGGAAUGUGCAUUUGGCUGGUCACGCGAUUUUUUAUGAUUUAUAUAGUACACAAGUUGAGCAAUCAACGUGAUUGGAAUUCCUGCAUUAAUUUCCAGUGUUGUUGUUUCCGUAAAACUUUUAUUUACGUUCUGGACCGAGUCGUUCGAGUAGCCCUGGGUUAAAUACAAACAGAGGAUAUGUGUUGUCAACAAACCCUGGGUUUGCGCAAGAUAAAAGACUUAGUGACGUGGUGACGGGUUUUACGUAAUAACCCCUACAGAUUUGAUUAAGAUUACUGAAUUCUUCGGAAUUACACGAGUGUACCGAUAUUCAAGCGACUGUGGAUCAAUUAAUAUGAUUCUUUAGCCUAGUUCAUUUCAACUUUAAUCCCUAGGUUUGGAAACUUUUCGGAAAGUCUAAUAUGAGCGCUCGGCUAGCCGUGCUGGCCCGCUUUAUCAUGUUGUCUCAGCUCAUACCUUCUUUCCUCAUACAAUUUUAAGUCUGUUUAUGCAAGAGGGUGGGCUGGCCCGCUGCCGAGAUCUCAGAUGCUCAAACUGCAAAACUGCAAGCGGGCCAUCCUACCUUCUCAUAUAAACAAGGCGAUGUUAUGAGGAAAUACGGCAUGAGCCGAACCGCCUGGCUAAUUGGUAUAGCUUAUCUCAAAUAAACGGGACCUAAACUGGAUCUCCAAAUUAUUAAUUGUUAGAGGAUCAUACAAAUGUAAUUCUCUCUUAGGGCCUGUUUACAUGCAGGUGGGGGACCCCAGAUAGGUGAGGUAACAUGUGACGGGUCACCCCACCUAACAUGUUAUCGUGAUCAAAUUAAAAUGAGAGAUUAUGUGGACUGGCUGGUUACCCCACCUAAGCGGGUUACCUCACCUACCUGGGGUCCCCCACCUCCACGUAAACAGGCCCUUAAUGCUCAUUGAAAUUCUGGUGCAGUUAAAAAAGCAUGCAGUUAUGAUUAUUUAUCAGCCUUGACUGUCCCAUAUCUUAUGUUUCUGGGCGCUUGUGUUUCACAUUCUAAAGUUAGGAACUUCAAACAAGCGACUAUCAAAUACUUAAUGCCAAACGUUUAACUGUAUUCCUUUUUUUCUAAUUAAUAGUUUUUUCUUUCGUUGCAGGAUAGCAAAGACCAAAUAAUGACCUGUAAUAUUUGGGUUCGGCAGGUAUUUUUACAUUAAUUCUGUCUAAAUCUGAUCCAGAGAGAAGCAAGGGGACUAAGUCCUUGAUUUCAUGUUUCAGUGUGAUAUAGUGACUUAGAAUGUAUAAGGUUUGGAAUUUUUACAGUUUUGGUUUCUCUGAAUGUUACCUUCCCAGCAGUUUUUAAAAAUCAGGUUGAAUAGCAUGAUUGUAUUCUAAAACGUACUCCUUUUGUCGUUCAAUAGUUUUGGACCAACAACCGACUAUCGUGGGACCCUGAUGAGUUCGAGGGAAUCACUCUCAUCAACGUCAGUCCUAAGAUUGUGUGGAAGCCUGAUAUUCUUCUUUAUAACAAGUAAGACUUUUAGAUCGAACCUCAUUCUUCAAGUAUGAAAUACAAUAUUUAUCACUUGAGUAUUCCAAUCAACUUCGUUGUCUUGCAUUACUUAUGAAGUGGUUUAUGACAAUCGUCAGUGCUGUGGAAUCAACCUUAGUCCUUAGAUUGUGUGGAAGCCUGAUUUUUUCUUUAUAAUAAGUAAGACUUUUAGUUCCAACCCCAUACUUCAAGCAUGAAAUAUAAAAUUUAUCAUAUGAAUAUUCGAAUCAGCUCUUGUUGUCUUACAUUGCUUAUGAAGUGGUUUAUGUUUUGCUUUAUUGUUUCAUUAUCAUUUUGAAAUUUACUUUAAAUGUAUACACAGAAUUUAGAAAGAUGAGGCAAGCGAGCCCAUGGAAGCCAAUAAGGCUUAUGAAAGGGAUCACCUUUAAAAUAUAUGACUUAAUUACUUAAAUAAAAUAUUUGCAUAAGCAAGACAAUUUAACUAAACACAUAUAAUUUCUUUACAACAUAGAAAAUAAUCAUUAAAUAGGAUAAGAAUAGACAAGACUGAACGUGCCAAGGCAAAAAGAAAAAAAAAAAGAAAAAAAAAAAUAAAGCAAGAAAAAAAAAAAAAAACAAAAAAAAAAACACAAGAAUAAAAAAAGGAAAACAAUGCUUAUAUAAAAUAAUCAUUAAAUAGGAAAAGAAUAGAAAAGACUGAACGUGCCAAGGCAAAAAGAAAAAAAAAAAGUGAAAAAAAAAUAAUGCAAGAAUACGAGAAAAAAGCGAAAAAGUACACGCAAGCAUUAAGAAAGGUAAACUAUGCUUAUACUAAGAAAAAUGACUUAAGUUCAAUACUAGAGGAAUUCUGAAUUCCAGAGCCAAGGAAAUUAGAUAUUUUGGGCCCUUGAAAACGAAGUGAAAAUUUACAGUACGUCACAGUUAAAUAGAAACAUGUCAUUGAAACUAUCAGGAAGAAGGCCGUUUUUGUAAAGAUACAUAACUUUACCUUUGUGAAGUUUGGUAAUACUUUCAAAUUUUAGAAUUCUUAAGCUCACAAAAGUAGGAUUGGUAUGUGCAUCAAAAGAACUCCUGGAAAUUAUUCUAAUAACCCGUUUUUGAAGGGUAAUCAAACGUUUAGAUUUGACCGAUAAGUUGAGCCCCAAACACUCUCACACUAAUGUAAAUAAGGACAAACUGAACUAUAAUUAUAGUGAGUACAUAAGGAGGUAAAUAAUGCCUACUGAUUUUGAGACUUUUCUUUCUACCUUCUUGUAUUUGAGAUUUCAAAGAUUCCGUGGUUUUGAAAAAUAAGAAGAAAAGAAAACAAUGCAGCGGUUAAUUCCUUUGUAAGCGGCUAGGGUCCCCCCGGCCGUUACGUUUCUCUAAAGUCCUAGAGUGGGGCUCAUUUCCUCUCCCCCUUCCCUUCUUCUAUAUGCUACUGAAACCAAUGCAUAUUCGGGCCAGGUUGCACGUGAACGUUUCUGAAACUAAUGCAAUUAAAAUCUUAAGUAAGUGGGCUGGGCAUCUUUACGUUAUUAUUUCAAAAUAUGGCUUUGAACAGAAACGGUUCCAUCGUAAGAAACCUGGCUUUUAUAAACAAAGAAAUUGAGGCAAAUUAAAGCAUAAUUUCCUUUAAUUAAUCGAACAUUCAUGACAAGCAAUUUCAGGUACUCUGGAAAAGACGUUAUACCACCUCGUUCUUAGAAAUACAAACGUUAAUGGUUUAUACGAAAUCCCAAAACAUUACUUAGCACAUUACCUUCAGAAGGAUAUUAGUCUAUUUGAAACACACAAAAAAACUGUUCUGUAUUUCGAUCAUUCAUGCUAAAGUACCAAAUAUAAUCAUUUCUCAGACGUCCUGCUAGCAAAGCGAAAUGUUUCCAUUUCGUCUUCAUAAGCAAGAUGGGCGAAAUAUUUUAUUAAUAGUUUCAGUCAAUUUAAGAUAACCGACUGGGAGAACGUGAGAUUAUCAUGGCCAAUAAAUAAAAGGCGUACAUAUUUCCUCAAAGUUAAUUUUUACUUGCUCUAAUAAAAAAAGAGGAAGACUGUGUGUGAAGUUUUAAAAAACAUUAAGCGCAGGUGAGUGUUUUAAGACUGGAUAAGACCACAAAUUGUGAGUCUAUCGACAGGCUUUAAAAUCUUUCGUGUAAACUCGUUCUUUCUUCCUCUAAUCUUCAAGGUUUAUUAUGUUUCAGCAAAUGAAGUGGAGCUAAAACCUCCGAGUGAAACUCGUCAAAGCUCAAUUGCUUGUGAAUUUUCUUCGACAGCGUAAAUAAUUAAUGUAUUUUCGAACCAGGGAACUAAAACAUGUUCUGAAAAUGUUAACCACAGAUUUUGGAUAGUGUUAUUCAAAAAUUACAUCAUUGAAAAAGGGUAGAAGACAUCGACGAGUGGAAUAUGAGUCUAAUGUGGCAAAAAUUCGAGGUUUCCUCAUAAAAAGGUCUUUUUAAACUUUCGUAAUAUGGUAUCUUUACCAUCCGCCUUUCAGUUUUAGAGUCUCUUAGGAUAAAAAGAAACUUCGUUAUAGACACAGAAAAGGGCUAGCUAGACAUUCGACAAAUGUAAAUAUUAACUCAGAAUUUUAUGCUUCGGUAAUAUUUCGCGAUUAAUACGAAAUCUAGUACGACUGGUUUUCAGCCCGUCUCCUCUUAAAGCGCCAAAACAAUAUUAUAGAAAUAAUGAAAAUGAUCGAGACUUUUCCUGCUGCAGCUGGUUCCUAGCCGUGGGCUGCAUCCAUUGUUGAUCUUCAAUUACCGUAAAACUCAUCAAGGUUUUGGGAUUUUCUCUAUGCAGUGCACUGACUGUAAAGCGGUGACGUCAUUGCGUAUUUCGCAUUUAUGUAGCGAAAAUUACUGCUAGUUUAUACACGGAUAGAUUUGCGCUCUUUUUGACCAUUUUUAAAGGUGUUACCUUUCUCCCUAGCUUAGAUUUUUUUGUAUGACAAAAUCACAGACUUUUUUAAUUAGUACUGACUGCUUGCAAAAUGGGUUUAUCAAAAGCUUAAAUAGCUGUAAUUUUCUACCAAUACCGGCUAAUACCCCUCAUAAAAGUAUUGUUCAAAUUUGUCAGGAGACAACCACUUAAAAAGCAUGACUCACCAAUAAUCUUUAUCCAGCUGAACCGAUCUUUUUUCCCUCCAUCAUUGUUUUCAACUAACUCAUUUUUACCUGUCGUUUUCCUAUGUCACAAUCAAUAAACUAAAACGUCUUCAAAGAACAAUACAGCUGCGCCCGGUUUAGGUCUGCGGGCGCUCAGUAACCAGGCAAUUGUUAUCGUUCAUUUUUGAGGUUGAGCGUAAGACUGGGACGAUGUUGUGUCGAAUUGUACCAUGGUACUGCCCUGGUUUUUCAUUGGCUGUUGCAAUGUCGCGCAGGAAACUGGGGAAAAUUUCAUCCCCAAAGACAGUCCCAUAGAGCCUUUCGAACACAACACUAAGCCAAGCAACUUGACGGAAAUGACUCAUUAUCGCGGACAUAAUCUAGCCUAAACCAGCAGAAGACUAUAUGUGUUAAACUGUCAACACAAGCCAGCUGUCGAGUGAUCACUUUUAUUCACUUUUAUUCAUGUGUUAUGGUGUUGGUAUUACAGAGGGGUGUUAUUUGCACACUUCCUCAAGGACUGAAGUAAUAAAUAAAGGUGUAUUAUUGAACUGAAUGAAUGCUAGGUGCAUACAAGACAGCUUUGGCGAAAGUAAGGUUUUUUGGAGUACUCACAUGCACUUAAAAUAUAUUUGAGUCACUCUUUUGAAAAUUCAAAUAUUAGUAAAAAAAAAAGUUGCAAUGAUGAUUAUAUUUCAGGCUUUUUCGUCAACAUUAAUUUCCCUUUUUUCCAUUCAAUUUCUUUUCUGUCGUGCCCGAAUUCGGCCUUAAACAAAAAAGGCCAAGAAUUCUUAUCUCACCUUAUUUAAUACCAUAACUUUUUUGAAAACAAAUAUUUAUUACAUAGUCGGAAAAGUGGAUUUUUUCUAAAGGAGUUAGUCCAUGACAUUUUGCUUCAUUGUUCAAAUAGUAAUUGUUUAUUGUUUAUUGUUUUGUUUGCCAAAAAUUGUACAAAUCAAAUAAAAUCUAAUUAUUUAAACUCUCAUGGCGAGGAAGCCCAAGAGAAGCCACCGGGCUUAUAAGGAAUGGGCUCCCUCAGUUAGAUAAUUAGAACAAAAUAUUAUCAUAAUUACACAUGGGAAAAUCAGUGGCAGAGCUACAGUAANGAGGAAGCCCAAGAGAAGCCACCGGGCUUAUAAGGAAUGGGCUCCCUCAGUUAGAUAAUUAGAACAAAAUAUUAUCAUAAUUACACAUGGGAAAAUCAGUGGCAGAGCUACAGUAAAUCUUAAAAUAAGUAUAUUAGAUGGUCGAUUUGGACAGCUGUUAUUUUCAUUUGCUCUUAUUAGGAACAAGUGGAACAAAUAAUAGAGUGGAUUUUCUGAUGUGCAAAGCGAACAGCAAAAAUGCAUUCUUUGGGUCAUCGUUACUUUCUUUCCGCUCCUACCUUUGAUUUAAUUGUUUAUCCCAUUUGAGGAAAUUACUUCAGAGAACAGACAAAACAGUACCUACCCCCACAACUCCCAUGUUGAUACCGUCAACUUAGCAACAUUUUGUAGUGGAAGUGGAGAAGAGAAAGCCAUUAAUUGUACCUAUUAAGGAAUAAGAAAUUAUGGAAUUAAGUCUAGAAAUCACUUAUUUUGGCAUUCACUGCAUUACAACAUCUAAACGUCUACUUGAAAUAACAUCUCAAGAUGCAUGGAACGUUCAAGUGGUCCAAAUUUCCCGUCAGAAUAGACUUUUGGCAAAACGUUUGCUCGGAAUACGGUCAAAGGAACGCAGUAUUGGAGAUGUCCUUUAGGACAUAGUGUCCCUCCUCAUUACAACAUCGAUUAUUGUUAAUUUUGGUUUAUUUCUUGACUCAUUUCGUGUUUUUCUAGUUCUAAAAUUGUCUACCUGGCCUUAUUUUAGAGAUGGAUGCCCAACAACCAUUAUCCUACAAUAGAGUCUUUAUCUAGCGAAGAAACCUUAAAGACAUGGUUUGAUUUAUCCGGGUCAACUCUAUCUUUUAACCUGUGAGGGCCACGUGAAUCUACGUUAUGCGAACGCCGUCUUCUGAGCUCAUGCUGGGGGAAUUAUUAAAUAACAUCUUGCAACACAAUUGUUUCCAACUGCUUGAAAACUAUAGGUAGUUGAAAUUUACUUAAACAGGCUUUGAACAUUAUCUUUUAAGUCCCUGUUGAGCGAUUAGAAUGUUGCAAGGCAAUUACUAACGGCUGUAAGGAUUGUUAAAAAAAAUCGUUCAAGAAAAUUUAGAUUAACACUAGGCAUGUCCGUUAUUUCAUGACCGUGCAUCAAAGCUACCAUCUUGUAGUUUUUCUUUCGUUUUCUUCUUUUUUCAUGUAAUUAAAAAAAUGCGUGAAAUUCAUACAAGGACGUACGCAAAAGUUCUUACGAGAACUCUAAAUAAACAUAUCGUUUGAGCCUUCGCCGUGACGAUGCAAUUGAGCAAUUCUUAUAUACCACACAAUUGUAACAAUAAAUUGCCGGAUUAUAAAAAUCAUGUACAUGUUCACAACGAUAGAGUUAAAACCGAAAUCGAAGUCUUCUCAGUGAACGUCACGUCUUGGUCUUGGAUUUGAUAAGAAGAUAAGUUUUGGAUCACAGCAAGUUAAAAAAGAGUCUCGCUAUCUUCUUAAGUAUCAGAUUUUUAAUCUUAUAACUCUUAAUUUCAAAGCUUAUGUAAGCUUAAAACGCCGACUCAGUAAAUAAUACUGGCAUGACGUAGUUGUAUCAAGAAAUAAUAACUUCCAAUUUUAAAAAAGUCAAAAAGUGUGUAACUAGCUGACAGUGCUACUGUAUAUCGUAAAUGUCAAUAUUUAUAAAAUUGUAAAUUAGUUUAACACUUGUAUAGGAUAAUUUACCGAAAUUUCCUAUGAUAGAAGCGGUUAGAGAAAUAAACAUUUUGAAAUAAAUUACAGGGUAUAUCUUACUGGAUAAGACGGGUUUGACCUUCGCUUAGAGCUUCCAAGUGCUGAAUAAAAUGAAGUUAGGAGAGAGAUUCUUAUUUCGACGCCAGCUUAGGAACAGGAAGUCUUAAAAUGGGCUGUUUUGGUACCCCGGAAUUUUGCCCUGAAGGAGUAACGGUGCUGAACUCAGUGGGAGCGAAGAGGACAGGGUCACAAUAUUGAUCAGUACGUGUAAUUAAAAAUUACAUAUUGAAAAUCGCCUCAAACAUCAGAGGUCACACCUUUGAUAAGCAAAUUCUUCAUCGCCAUUUUGUUUGA